AUGGCGGCCGACACUCUUCCUGCAACUUUAGGCUUCCUUACGGACGCUGCUCAUCUUCUUGCUUCGGCGGCGCCCGAGACAUCGGCACAUCUCAUGUCGCGGCGGAACGCGCUCAUGUUCGAUAACGAGCUUGGCCAGUCCGAUGUACAGAGACAGCGCGUCUGUGGUUGUUGCGGCCAUAUCAUGAUUGCUGGCCUUGGUGAUGUGCUCAAAAUCGAUAGCAACAAAUCGUGCCACAAGAAAAAACGCGCCGGGAGCAAGCAGAGAAAGGGCGGCGUAUCACCGAAAGUUGGAUGCCGCAAGACGUGGAACUGCAGUAAGUGUGGUCGGUAUACGGCCAUUAGCCUUCCGCCACCCACGCGCAUCCCUCAGCGACGCUUUAAAUCGACGGCUUUACGGUCUUCUAUCACUACCAAAUCAGUUGGUUCGGCUCAAGUGGCAUCGGCAUCGGCAUCAUCAUCAGCAGCAGCGACAGCAGCGACAGCGACACUGGCAUCCAAAGACGGGAGCACUCCGGCGGUAGCAUUGGUGGCAUCUAGUGAACUUACGAGGGUAUCAGCAAAUGCUAGCAGUAAAAAGCGAGCCAAGAACCGGAAACAAGGCCUCCAGGCUCUGCUUCAACAAUCGUCUAGCUCUAAACCUCAGUCUGGGCUUGGACUGAGCCUGGCGGACUUCAUGCAGCAUUAG